GCCAACAGCAGGUCGCUGUUAUGGGGAGCGUAUCGAUCGAAUCUGUAUCUUGGAGUGAAGCCUCGGCUGCCCGAGUCUCUACUAACUGGCCUGAUGUGGUUCAACGUGGAUAGCUACCAGGGAGUUGGUGCACUGCGCCACGAAUGUCGCCAGGACGACCAGUUGGACACUUUUGGAUGGACCAGAUACGACCCCCGAUUAGGGGGCCACGAAAUUGUCAAGGACGCUCAAUUCGGCCUCAAACUCGAGGCAGACUUCGUCAAGACGGACGACGGCAACUGGGCCUUGCGUGUGUCUGGAAAACCAAAGAAAAAGGACGCCAAAACGUCGGUAGUUUUCUACGCUGGUCUCGAGGGAGAAGGAGAGCUGAGAUAUGCUGGCGCCGACGACGUGACCGACGGCGACGUGAAGCUGGUCGGGUACUCAGAGCGACUUGGCGGGGUGUUUGAUCUGGACGUCACGAAGGGCUCGCCCAAACAGUAUGUUGCGGAAGGUGACUAUCGCGGUUUGGGACUCGAUCCAUCGAAAACCAGACAUCUGUCUCUGAUGGUCCCCACGGGCAACGUUUGGCGAGCGAAGGAUAUCUUUUUGACGCUUCUAGGCGAAAACAUCAAGAAACUACAGGAGUACCUGGAUAAGGAGGACAGGAUUCCGCCUGAACAACUGUUCCAAAUGAAGAAUAUGGACAAUUUCGAGGGAAACAUGCAUUUUGUGCAGAAAACUUUCCAGGGCAGCUUUGAGUUUGACAUUAUUUUCAACUUGGCAGACAAUGAGCCGCUGAUGGCGGAACAGCUUCCUCAGAAAGUCGCAGAGAUGAACGAGAAAUUUGACUCUAAGUUUGCGCAUAACUUCCAGCUGGCUCCACCAUUUAUCAAGCCCCAGCAUUUCCAGUUUGCAAAAGAGAUGCUCUCACAGCUUUUGGGCGGAAUCAGCUACUUCUACGGAGACCAGCUGGUGGAUCGCAACGCCGUGGUAGACGAUCUUGAGUUCAGCCACGCCAACCUCGAAGGCAAAUCGGAAGGCCCAUACGAGUUGUUCAGUGCCGUCCCAAGCAGACCGUUUUUCCCCCGGGGUUUCUACUGGGACGAAGGUUUCCACCUGUUGCCGGUUCUGGAAUACGACUCGGACCUGGCGCUCGAAAUAGUCCAGAGCUGGUUUUCACUGAUUGACGAGGAUGGCUGGAUUGCCAGAGAGCUAAUUCUGGGCGACGAGGCCAGAAGCAAAGUGCCUCCAGAGUUUACCGUUCAGAAUCCCAACAUCGCGAACCCGCCGACCCUGAUGCUUGUUUUCACCAAACUGCUGGACCUGGCCAAACAAGCCCAGGAGGCCGACAAAUACGGCAUGGACAUCGGCUCGUAUGCGGGUCCAUUGCGGCUGGGUGAUAUGCACCUGAAAAAUCCAGAGCUGCUUGUGAAGUACGCAAAUAAAGUAUAUCCGCAGCUACAGAAACAUUACGACUGGUUCCGCAGGACGCAGCGCGGGGAGACGAAACUCUUCGCCAGAACAUGCCACUCUGCGCUCGACGUGUUUCGCUGGAAAGGCCGCACAAAGGACCACUGUCUGCCCAGCGGGAUCGACGACUACCCAAGAUCGCCGCCCGACAUCGCAGAGCUGCAUAUUGACUUGCUGGCGUGGAUGGGAGCGAUGACGAGGUCGAUAUACAGAAUCGCAUACCUGCUGGAGAAACACGAAGACGCACAGCACUACAAAGAGAUAUACGACAACAUUGUUGCCAACAUGGACGAUCUCCAUUGGAGCAAUAAGGACCAGAGCUACUGCGACGUGACAGUGGAUGAAGAGGACGAGGACGUUUUUGAGUGCCAUAUAGGAUAUGUCAGCAUCAUGCCGUUUGUGCACCGGCUGAUUCCGGCAUCGUCAGAGCAUUUGAAACCGAUUCUGGACCAGCUACAGGACCCUGAGCAGCUGUGGUCGCGGUUCGGCAUCAGAUCGCUGUCCAAAAAAGAUCCUUAUUUCCAUAAAGGCGAGGACUACUGGAGAGGCCACAUUUGGGUCAACAUCAACUAUCUGGUGCUGGAGAGUCUGCAAUACUAUGCUGCGCAGCCAGAAACAGCUCCAGAGAUCCGCGCUCAGAUGAGCGAUAUAUACGAGUCUCUGCGGAAGAACCUGGUCGAAAAUAUCUACGAACAGUACCGGAAAACAGGAUACACGUGGGAGCAGUACAACGAGGAGACGGGGGCCGGACAGCGGACACGGCAUUUCUCCGGCUGGACAUCGCUGGUGGUGCUGAUGAUGAAGAUGCCGGAGCGUAUAUAAUAGAGAGGGCUCAGGAACCUCCCUUAGAAGUCACGUGCAUGUAUACAGGGGAGGAAAUUUUUCGUGGGUAGCACUGGGGUGAAUUUUUCAAAAUUUUUACUUGGAUAAUUUAACAACUACAACAUGGCUCCAAAAGGAAAGAAGGUCGCCCCAGCUCCUUUGUCGACCAAGGCUGCUAAGAGCACUGGUCCAAAGAACCCUUUGUUUGAGUCCACUCCAAGAAGCUUUGGUAUUGGACAAAACAUCCAACCAAAGAGAGCCUUGAACAGAUUUGUCAAGUGGCCACAAUACAUCAGACUGCAGAGACAAAAGAAGGUGCUCUCGAUGAGACUGAAGGUUCCUCCAGCUAUUGCUCAGUUUGCUAACACUUUGGACAGAAACACUGCUGCCGAGGUUUUCAAGCUCCUGAACAAGUACAGACCAGAGACUGCUGCUGAGAAGAAAGAGAGACUCACCAAGGAGGCUGCUGCCAUUGCUGAGGGCAAGAAGAAGGAAGAUGUUUCAUCCAAGCCAUUUGUUGUCAAGUACGGUUUGAACCACGUUGUUUCUUUGAUCGAGAACAAGAAGGCCAAAUUGGUGUUGAUUGCCAACGAUGUCGAUCCAAUCGAGCUGGUUGUCUUCCUGCCAGCUCUGUGCAGAAAGAUGGGUGUUCCAUACGCUAUCGUCAAGGGUAAGGCUAGAUUGGGAACCCUUGUUCACCAGAAAACCAGUGCUGUUGCUGCCUUGGUCGACGUUAGACCAGAGGACGAGGCUGCUUUGGCCAAGCUCGUUUCCACCAUCAACGCUAACUUCAUCGAAAAGUACGAGGAGCAGAGAAGACACUGGGGUGGAGGUGUGAUGGGUGCUAAGACCAAUGCUAAGCUGGCCAAGAGAGCCAAGGCUGCUGCUGUUGCUGCUGCCAACGCCCCAAAGAGAGUCGAGGCAUAAAUAAUGGAGAGUAACAAAGAUUUCAGAUAAUACUGUGACUGUAGCAACCAUAGCUAGAUGUGCAAGAAUUUGUUCUAUUACACUCUGAAUACCUGCUAUUUUGAUGACAUAUACACUUCUAUCCCUUAUUUCAACUUGUAGAACAACUUUGGAGCAACACAGUCGUUGAUACAGUGCUGGAGGUGGAAAAAUUCCUCCACACAAUCUUCCUUGUAUUCCUUUUCGUCGUAUCCUGGCUCCUCCAUCUCUUUGGUCACUCUUUCAACACACUCUUGGUAAUGGUGAACAUAAUGUGCGCAUUCUUUGGUUUCGGAACAUUCUUUUCUAAGGGCAUCCAUUGGGUCGCCGGCCUCUUCAUCAUCGUCCUCGUCGUCCUCAUCUUCGUCGUCCUCAUCUUCUUCCUCUGCGUCGUCACCGUCUGCUUCCUCUUCUUGUGGUUCCUCGGGAGUCUCCUCUUCCACUUCUUCAACAGGCUCUUCGGCAGGCUCCUCUGCGUAAGCGGUGAUUGGCGACAGGGCGUCUAUGAAAUUUCUAAGCAAGGACAUUGCAAAUCAACACGAG